AUGCCUGUACAAAUCAUCAAAUCUGUCGUCCCGCUUCACGUCGGGCAGUUCAUGUUCGUGCGAAUCGAAACCGACCAGGGAAUCGUUGGCUAUGGCGAAGCUGGAAACUGGGGACAUAUCGCUGCCGCAGGCACAGCCAUCGAGCGAUUUGCAGACUAUCUCAUCGGCAAAGAUGCAUUUCCUAUCGAACACCAUUGGAAUGCUAUGCACCGCUUCAGCUACUUUCAGGGCACGGCCAUCAACGCUGCUAUCUCGGCCAUCGACAUCGCCUUGUGGGACAUCAAGGGACGUGCCUUGAACGUUCCCAUCUAUGAGCUUUUGGGAGGCAUGUGCCGUGACAAGGCGAGGGUCUACUGCCAUAUUUACGAAAAGACCAUCGAUCUGGUGGUUGAGGAAUGCAAGAAGAAGAAGGCAGCCGGGUUCACGGCAUUUGGACACAUCAACCCAUUCCUAGAUGAGGGUGUUGACCAAGUCUACUUCAAGCCGCACGUCAAGAAGAUGAACGACGCAAUUGCCAACGUCGAGAAGAUGCGAGCGGCCGUUGGAGAUGACGUUGACCUGCUCGUCGAGCUCCAUCGUAGACUCACCCCGGCCGAGGCGAUCACCUUCUCCAAUGCCAUCGAGCAUCUGCGCCCCAUGUUCGUCGAGGACCCCAUCCGCCCUGAGAACCCCGACGCAAUGGCCAGAGUCGCUGAUCGCAUCUCGGUUCCCAUCGCGACCGGAGAAAGAUUCAGCACCAUCUACGAGUUCCAAGCGCUACUCUCUCGCAGCGCCAUCGAGUUUGCGCGGGUGGACCUUGCGCUGUGCGGUGGCAUCACAGGUGCAAAGAAAGUGGCAGCCAUUGCAGAAGCCCACCAUGUUCAAGUGGUUCCUCAUAACCCGCUCUCGCCCAUUGGCCUCGCGGCUUGUCUGCAACUUGCUGCAUCCAUUCCCAACUUUUCCGUCCAGGAGUUCGCAACAGGCUUCGAGGCGGGUGUUUUUCACUCGACUGAUAAGCAUCUUGGUCACGAUAUUGUCGACCAUGUUCCUGCCGUCAAUGAUGGAUUCGUUAACAUUCCUCAAGGGCCUGGGCUAGGAGUCAAGCUGCUUGAUAAUGCUACCGAGAUUAGGCCAGCGCUAGUGCAGCCUAUGACCAUGAGAGUGCACAAGGAUGGCUUCAUAGUUGACCAGUAG